CUGUCUUGUGACUGGUUGAUGUGUCUAUCUAGGGACUACGAGGCUCGUAUUAUUUAAUGUCUUUUUUAAAAAAAUAAAACUCAUAAUGAUUUAAAUUGAUAUAAUCACAAACAUCGAAUAACCAUGAUUCAAAAGUUUUGUUUAAUUUGGCUUGUUUGUUUGGUGGCAUUUUCAGCACCCAAAUCCCGGAGUCCUGUUCCAGCCAAGCCUGGUGUGGAAUACAGUAUCAUUGUGUACACCGGUUCUGUGGCUAAGGCAGGCACAAGAGCCCAGGUUUUUGUGACGCUCAAAGGAGCACUGGCUACAAGUUCCGAGAUUCAUCUUAAAAGCCCAAAUUUGGAAUCUACCAUUCAAACGGAGGGUUCCAAAAUUUUCCAAAUAAAGAUACCUGAUGUUGGAUUUUUGAGGAAAAUCAGGAUUCGUCAGGAUGUUUCAGCUGGCUCUCCGAACUGGAACAUUGUCAAGGUUUUAGUCAUUCAUGAACACGACACAGUUUACGAGUUCAUCGUGGGAUCAUGGUUGGGCAGUUCUACACCUUUGGAAAAACCACUCACUGAUUCAUAUCCUGCGACAUCAAUGAAGUUCGUAGGAUAUUCUCCGUGCGUCCAGCCAUCUGAAUCGAAGUUGCACCCGAUUCCCGGGUCAAAUGUCGUCCUAUUACAACCUUGUGGUAGGCUACAAAACCUCUUCAAACUUCAACCAGAUGGAGUCAUACAGCACCUCACAAGUGGCAUGUGUAUUCAAGGCAUGAAGAAUGGUGACCCACUCAAUACUGCGACAGGCGAUCGCGUUACGUUGAAUAAUCCUUGUACAUUAUAUCGUCCUGGCUAUAAUACGCCUCAUGCGUUGCAGUUUAAGUUCACCAGCGGUGGCUCGUUGAUGGAAGUAAAAAGUGGAAAGUGUAUUUCAGUUAAUAACGGACAGAAAAAUGUGCCUUUGACUUUCACUUCGACGUGCAAUUCAGCUGACACGAUAGUUGGAUUCAUAGAUAAAAGAAAUAAAGUAAUAGCACCCAAGAGUGCAGGUAAAUCGCCAACCACGUCACCAGGUAAACCAUCAACCCCAGCUGCACCAUCGACCCUCGGUGUCCCCGGUGCCCCCUCCACCCAAACACCGAAUACUCAAACUGCUCCCGAAGUAACCAUACCUAAUAAUUAUGGCUCACCAGUUUAUUGUCCAUCCACGUGUGGACAGUCGUCUUGUGCAUCGACCUGUCAACCUGCCUGUUGUAAUAGCCCGCAACAGCCUGGUUUUAUGCCUGCAGGCUUACCGCCAGUUGUACGAUGCCCCCCUUUCUGCUCCCCGGGGCAAUGCCGUUCCGAGUGCCCACCUGGGUGUUGUUUUUCUAACUCUGUCCCCUGGGAUACCCAACCCUAUGGUGACCAGGGCAGCACCAACGAAGACAACGAAGAUAACGAUAGCCAGAGAUAACCAAAGAGUUGCUUAGCAACAAUGUCGUUGUAAAGAGGUGGUCCGGGAAACAAAAACCCAUGCAAUACAACUAUUUCCGACUUCGGACCACUUUAUAUUUGAGCUGUAAUUUUACUGUUUUUCCGGCAUUGUUACAAUACUUGAACAAAUAUCACUAUCCGCUGAAGGAUACUGGGCGUUUAAAAAAUUAGGCGUGGAAAAUUGUGGUGAAUACUCGUGGGCGUUUAGAAAAUUAUGUGUGGUUUAGACGUGGCUCGAAUCAGUGGCGUAACGAACGGAGGUGGGGUCCUUGGGUAUAUUAGGUAUUGUGGCGCCCUGAGACCGGUUGUAUCAGGCCCGUUUACCUUAGCGGUGGAUAAGUCAAACUUAAAUAACACUCUUACAUCUCUCUUCAAUGAGUCAACUUGAAUAUUAUUCACUGGG